UCCUCUCUCGCCGGAAGUAGCCAGAAAGGCUCUGACGCACGCGCCAUUUGAGCUGGAAAAUCUGAAAACCUGGAUUAUAAAUCGGGUCUAAAUAAACUCCUAACACAAGAAUCGUUUAAUUUGGUCAGAUAACAGUGUGAACAGCCUUCACUAUGUCCCGUUUCUUCGCCACCGGAUCCGACAGCGAGUCGGAAGAGUCCUCGUCUGCCGACGAGCUCGCCCCUAAAGCGACUGGGACUACUUUCAACAAACAAGCCCUGUUGUUGAGUGACGAUGAAGAAGACACCAAGAGAGUGGUGCGCAGCGCCAAGGACAAGAGGUUUGAGGAGCUGACAAACUUGAUCAAGACCAUCCGCAACGCCAUGAAGAUUCGAGACAUGGCCAAGUGUCUGGAGGAGUUUGAGCAGCUGUGUCGAGCGUUCCUCAAGAGCAAAGCGAUUGUAGAUAAAGAAGGAGUUCCACCGUUCUACAUUCGCCUGCUGGCCGACUUGGAGGAUUACCUCAACCAGCUCUGGGAGGACAAGGAGGGCAAGAAGAAGAUGAACAAAAACAACGCCAAAGCUCUGAGCACGUUGCGCCAGAAGAUCCGCAAGUACAACCGCGACUUCGAGACGGACAUCGCCACCUACAAGGAGAACCCUGAACAGUCUGCUGAUGAAGAGGAAGAGAAGGAGGAAGCCGGAUCAGGUUCGUCCUCAGACAGUGAUGAAGAGGGAGCAGGAGAAAGCGCCACAGCGAAGAGUUUUAUGAAGAAGAAGCCCACGGCCGAGCCGGCGCCAGAAGCCAGCAAGUUCCUCAAGGGGGCAGCUGAUGAGGAAUCCGAGAGCAGCAGCGAUGACGAAGACUGGGGCAGCGACUCCAUGGACAGCAGCAGUGAAAGCGACGAUAACGAAGGCAACACUACGUCCCUGGCUACCGCUUUUCUCAAAAAGACCCAGGAUGGAGACAAGCAGUUGGGCGAGCGCAAGAAGGACGACAGGAAGCGGAGGACCAAAAAGAAAGAGCGAGCCGACGAGGAGGGUGAGGAAGGCGAGGAAGAGGGAGCGGACGGCGAUGAAGGAGGCUGGAAGAAGGUGAGAGGAGGAGUGCCGCUGGUCAAGGAGAAGCCCAAGAUGUUCGCCAAGGGCACAGAGAUUAACACUGCCGUGGUGGUCAAGAAACUCAACGAGAUCCUGCAGGCACGAGGAAAGAAGGGGACAGACAGAGCGGCUCAGAUCGAGCUCCUACAUGCUCUUGCGGGCAUCUCCAACGAGAACAACCUGGGUGAAGGCAUCUUGGUUAAGAUCAAGUUCAACAUCAUCGCCUCUCUGUACGACUACAACCCCAAUCUGGCUGCCUUCAUGAAGGCGGAUAUGUGGAAGAAGUGCCUGGAAUGCAUCGACGAGUUGCUGGACAUCUUGUUCGCCAACAACAACAUCUUCAUUGGCGAGAACAUCGCUGAGGACAGCGAGAACCUGGCUGUCUCUGACCAGCCGUUCCGUGUGCGUGGUUGCAUCCUGACCCUGGUGGAGAGAAUGGAUGAGGAGUUCACCAAGAUCAUGCAGAACACAGACCCUCAUUCCCAGGAGUACGUGGACAACCUGAAAGACGAGGGACACGUCUGCAACAUCAUCGACCGCCUGCUGCAAUACCUGGAGAGCAAAGGCACGACGGAGGAAGUGUGCCGUGUCUACCUGCGCCGCAUCAUGCAUACCUAUUACAAGUUUGACUACAAGGCUCAUCGUCGCAGCCUGGGCCUGCAGGGGGAGAGCAAAUCUGAGCAGGACCAGGAGGAGAGUGAAGGGGAGGACAGCGCCAUCAUCAUGGACCGCUUGUGCAAGUUCAUCUACGCCAAGGACCGCACCGACCGCAUCCGCACCUGCGCCAUCCUGUGUCACAUCUACCACCAUGCGCUGCACAGCCGCUGGUACCAGGCUCGGGACCUCAUGCUCAUGAGUCACCUGCAGGACAACAUUCAGCAUGCUGACCCUCCUGUACAGAUCCUCUACAACAGGACCAUGGUGCAGCUGGGCAUCUGCGCGUUCCGCCAGGGCAUGAUCAAAGACGCUCACAACGCCCUGCUGGACAUCCAGUCGAGCGGCAGAGCGAAGGAACUACUUGGUCAGGGCCUGCUCAUGAGGAACAUGCAGGAGAGAAACGCAGAGCAAGAGAAGAUCGAGAAGAGGCGACAGGUGCCUUUCCACAUGCACAUCAACCUGGAGCUGCUGGAGUGUGUGUAUUUGGUGUCAGCCAUGCUGCUGGAGAUCCCAUACAUGGCAGCGCAUGAGUUUGACGCCCGUCGCCGCAUGAUCAGCAAACAGUUUCACCACCAGCUGCGUGUAGGCGAGAGACAGCCAUUACUGGGUCCUCCUGAGAGCAUGAGGGAGCAUGUUGUGGCUGCUAGCAAAGCCAUGAAGAUGGGCGACUGGCGCACGUGCCACUCCUUCAUCAUCAACGAGAAGAUGAACAGUAAAGUGUGGGACUUGUUCCCUGAGGCACAGUGCGUACGUGAAAUGCUCGUCAGGAAGAUUCAGGAGGAGUCGUUACGUACCUACCUGUUUACCUACAGCAGCGUUUACGACUCUAUCAGUAUGGCAAUUCUAUCUGAGAUGUUUGAGCUGGAGAUACCCACAGUGCACAGCAUCAUCAGCAAGAUGAUCAUCAACGAGGAGCUGAUGGCUUCUCUUGACCAGCCAACUCAGACGGUGGUGAUGCACAGGACGGAGCCCACGUGCCUGCAGAACAUGGCGCUGCAGCUGGCCGAGAAGCUGGGCGGCCUGGUGGAGAACAACGAGCGAGUCUUUGACCUCAAACAGGGCGUCUACGGAGGCUACUUCAACAGAGAUCAGAAAGGAGGAUACCAACAGAAGCAGGGCUACCAGAGAGAUCAGAAAGGUUCCUACCAACAGAAACAAAACUACCAGCGAGGAUCCUACCGGAACCAGAACCAGAGCUCUUAUUGAGUACAUUCAGAGUGUAUCUCUCAUUCCGUACUUCAUCUCCUCUGCUUCACCAGGAUCACCACACUGACCACUUUUUCUCCAGUGAAGUUUUCAGAUCUUUGACCUUCCUCUUCCCCUUUGCUGGUUUGAACGCAUUAAAGGGUGGAGCAGAUUUUAAGGUAGAACAUCAGCAGGCAUGGGGAGCUUUUUUUUUUUUCCCAUUCUUUUUCCUGUGAUCAAUAAAUCAAUAAAUAUCCAGCUGAUCAA